AUGAGUAAUAGUUUAGUAAAAAAAUUCGACAAAAUUGUUUCAAAAUUAGCUAUUAAUAAAUCCAAAGAUAUUAAAUUAAAUGAAAAUGAUCUUAAUGAUUAUUAUUGUCAUCAUGAUGAUAUACCAACAGAUGGAAAUGAAGAAUCACAACGAAUGAAAUAUAAUCUUGAAAAUACAACUAAAAUUGAAAAUUCUCAACAUUUAGAAGGUAUAUCAUCAAAUCAUAUUAUACGUGAUAAUCUAAAAGAUUCACCAUUGAAAGUUCUUCUUACGUAUGCUCCAAUGGGUAGUGGUCCGUCUUCAUCAACGAAUAAUUCAACACCAUCAACACCAACAACAACAGCUGUUUCGAGUGACUUAUAUAAACAAGCUCGUGAAGAAUUCGAUAAUCGAUAUGCAACCCCAGCUACAUUUACAUUAGUUUAUCGUGAUUUUCAAGUUAUUCGACCACUUGGACGUGGUGCAUUUGGUUCUGUUAAAGAAGUCAAAUAUAUACGUGAUCCAAUACCUGAUUAUAUUCAAGUAUAUGAUAAUUCAUCUAAAUCUCGUCGUAUAGCACUUAAAAUAAUUAAUAAGAAAAGUGCACAUAAAAUGAAACAAGAAGAUCAUGUUGUUAAUGAAAAACGAAUAUUACAAUCACUUCAUUUUCCAUUUAUAAUACGUUUUUAUUUUUCAUUUAAAGACAAUGCAAAUCUUUAUAUUGGACUUGAAUUAAUUGAAGGUGGAGAAUUAUUUCGUCAUUUACGUGAUUGUGAAAAAUUUGAUGAAAAAAAAUCUAAAUUUUAUUCAUCUCAAAUUAUUCUUGCACUUGAAUAUCUUCAUUUAUUAGGAAUUGUUUAUCGUGAUCUUAAACCAGAAAAUUUACUCAUUGAUCGACAUGGUUAUAUAAAAAUGUGUGAUUUUGGAUUUGCAAAAAAAAUUGAUCGUGGUAAAGCAUAUACACUUUGUGGUACACCUGAAUUUCUUGCACCAGAAAUUAUUCUUGGUCGUGGAUAUAAUAUGGGAGUUGAUUAUUGGGCAUUGGGUGUGUUAAUAUUUGAAAUGAAUGCUGGUUAUUCACCAUUUUGGGAUGCUGAUCAACAAAAAAUAUAUCAUAAAAUAAUCAAUGGAAAAUUUCGUCCUCGUUCAGCAUUUUCUGAUAAUUUAGUUGAUAUAAUUCGUGGUUUAUUACAAAAAGAUUUAACAAAAAGAUUUGGUAUGAUGUUCAAUGGUAUAAAUGAUAUAAAAAAACAUGUUUGGUUUCGUGAUCUUGAUUGGUUACAAAUAUAUUUAAAAAAAAUUCGUGCACCAUGGUUACCUGAUAUACGUGCAAAUAAUUUUCCUGAUGCUGAAGAUGAAGAACCAGCUCGUUCAUCAGUUAAUUUAUAUGAAAAAGAAUUUCAUGAAUUUUAA